UUCUAAGUUACAACUGAGACCUCAGUCAGGUUUAUUCUGCCCUAUCACCUCAUUCCACGACACACCGCCACCAUGGGAAACUCGAUUCUGCUCAUCAACGGCCCGAACCUGAACCUCCUGGGCACACGAGAACCCCACAUCUACGGCCACACAACACUCAGCGAGCUGGAGAGCAACUCUGUUGAGCGUGCUCGAUCGCUCGGGGCUGAGCUUCAAGUGUUUCAGUCCAACCACGAAGGGGCCAUCAUCGACCGCAUCCAGGCCGCACGGGGGUCUGUCGAUGUCAUCAUCAUCAAUCCCGCGGCGUACACGCAUACCAGUGUCGGCAUCCGCGAUGCGCUAGCAGGCGUCGACAUUCCGUUUAUUGAGCUUCACAUCAGCAAUACGCACUCGCGGGAGAGCUUUCGGCACCACAGCUACUUGAGCGACAAGGCGACGGCGGUUAUUAUGGGAUUUGGUGUUGAAGGAUAUGGAUACGCGAUUGACCAUGCGGUCAAGAACAUGGCGCCCAAGAAGAGCAAUACAUGACCCGCAUGGAUGGAGCUGUACUACGUAGUAUGUCCCGAAAUAGAAUGAAUCCGCCUUACCUCUCGUAAGGCAGACUGGCUCCAUCUCGAACUGGAACCGGCGUCAAAUAUUGCCGUGUCGCCCUGGCAGCAACCGGCCAAUGGCUGGGGCCACUCA